UUGAAUGACUCAAAUGUUCCAAUUCAAAUGCAACCUGGAUUAUCAAUCGACUGACUUCUGGGAGAAUGCAUUGGAUUGCAGUUACCUGGAUCACCGCUGUGCUCUCAGCAGUUGUUCUUGGAAAUAUCACGGUAAUUCAGAGUCCGGAAUCUCUCAUCAAAAUGCCGGGUCAGACAGCACGCCUGAGCUGUACUUAUCAGGGGCCUAGUGCUAUCGGCGGUUACACGUGGCACCGAGGCAACACACGAGGGAAUGAAGUCUCCAACAGCACACCGGAGUUCCGAGACCGCGUGCUUGCGGCCAGUCAAGAGGAUUUCAGAGUCAGGAGAGACGCCUCGAUCUGCAUCAUCGAUCUGAAACCAGAGGAUACCGGGUUCUAUGUUUGCAAAGUGGCUUUCAUGGGGAUGGGGGAAGCCUAUGGAGCAGGGACCACAGUGAUUGUUACACGGGGUAACAACGGGAGCAGCAAAGCGGAGUCCAAGUCAACUACCUCAACAUUUGUCAUUGCAGUAACGGUGAUGGUGCCUCUCCUGAUCAUCAUCGUGAUGAUUGUUGUCAAAUCCUGCCGAAAGACUGCCACUCUUCAGCAACCCGAAAGCUCGGAUCCACUGUAUGCAGAGAUGCACGAAGGAGAGACCAAUUAUGUCCGCUCUGAAUGCAGAAGAACCAAUCGGGGUGAUGAUGGGGUUCAAUACGCCGAGAUCAAUGUGCAGGAGGGUACUCGAUGGAAGCGCCCGGUGGAUAAGCAGACGAUGGUGUACGCCAAAGUGAAGAACGAGCCAUUCAUCCCAGCGAAGGACCGCCAGAGGGCGAUAGAUGUCAUGCCCGAAGAUACCCCCUGACCUCUCCCGUUCACCAUCACACCGGUCUCUGGACUUUAAUUUCGAGGGUAACUCUGGGAAGCGACAGGAACUAGGGUGCUGGUGACAAAUAGUUGCUCACGUGUCAUCUGCCUCGCUGCCUUCCAUCCGUUUACGCCCAUAUGUUGCGAGGACUUGAGCUCUCCAAAUUCUUCACGUUUAGACUGUUCCGUUAUCAACUCUUCCUGCCUUUGCAUGAAAUGUAUUCGUCCUCUCUUUUGUGCGGUAUUUGACCACAUGAAUAAAUAGGUUGAAGCAGAUGUUAA